AUGGAGGAGUUGGCGGGGAGCAGGAGGCAGCAGCAGGAGCAUCACCACCUGCAGCACCAACCCUUCGCUGCCGCUGCUGAGCCGGCAGCACCCGGCGGGAUGAUCAAAGAUGUCAAGCCACUGGCCAAGAAGGAUCACAGGAGAGGCACAUCGACCAGUGAACGCGACCCAAAAACACUGAGAAGGCUGGCCCAGAACAGGGAGGCUGCAAGGAAAAGCAGGCUAAGGAAGAAGGCUUACAUCCAGCAACUGGAGUCCAGCAGGAUCAGGCUAGCUCAGCUCCAACAAGAACUGCACACUGCAAGAGCUCAGGGAGUUUUCUUCCCCAACAGCGGCAUCCUCGCUGACCAAGGUGUCGCCGGCAAAGGCGUCUCCAUCGGCGGCAUCGACGGCCUCAGCUCAGAGGCGGCGAUGUUCGACGUGGAGUACGGGCGGUGGCAGGAGGAGCACUACCGGCUGAUGUACGAGCUGCGGGCGGCGCUGCAGCAGCACCUGCCGGAGGGGGAGCUGCAGAUGUACGUGGAGAGCUGCCUGGCGCACCACGACGAGAUGGUGGGCAUCAAGGAGGGCGCCAUCAAGGGCGACGUCUUCCACCUCAUCUCCGGCGUCUGGAGGAGCCCCGCCGAGCGCUGCUUCCUGUGGCUCGGCGGAUUCCGCCCCUCCGAGGUCAUCAAGAUGAUGCUGAGCCACGUGGAGCCCCUGACGGAGCAGCAGAUCGUGGGCGUGUACGGGCUGCAGCAGUCGGCGCUGGAGACGGAGGAGGCGCUGAGCCAGGGCCUGGAGGCGCUCUACCAGUCGCUGUCCGACACCGUCGUCUCCGACGCGCUCAGCUGCCCCUCCAACGUCGCCAACUACAUGGGCCAGAUGGCCGCCGCCAUGAACAAGCUCUCCACGCUCGAGGGCUUCGUCAGACAAGCUGAGAACCUUCGGCAGCAGACGCUGCACCGGCUGCACCAAAUCCUGACGACGCGGCAGAUGGCGCGGUCGCUACUGGCCGUGUCGGACUACUUCCACCGCCUCCGCACGCUGAGCUCGCUCUGGGUCACACGCCCCAGGGCGCCGCAGGAGCAGCAGCAGGGCCACAGCUAG